CGCGUUAUAGUUACUCGUUUGAAGAUCAGGUACCGACUCGAUAACCGAUUCUGCUCCGUGAAGAGCGCGGUUUUUAUCGUUGGCGGAUGCCACUUCGCAAUUUUCCUCGUGUGUCACCGUUUCCGUUCGUGGAUGGCAGUCUUGAUGCUGGAACGAGAGGGCCACACGGAGUCGUUCGUUUAUUUUUGUCAAGUGUAGACGGGAAUCGAGAGGUGUGUGAAAAUGCCGGAUACUAAGGCAAUUGCACAGCUGACAAUCACAACGUGAGCGGUUGUUCGUUUCGCGGAUCAUCCGGGGGAUAAUGAUUACAGAACAGACCUGGAGCAUGAUGCUGGACAGUGAUGUCACGGGCAUCAAUGAGUUGAGUAUUUCCCCGAGGAAACAAUUAUGGAUCAAGGCAGUGAAGAAGCUGACAUCCGAGAGGCUGGGAAGGGAAGGAUUGGCGGCAUGGGAGGACCGGAAGUCUCACAACGAUCCGGAAGUACCAGACGAUACAGAAACGAUCGAGCCAACCGAGGAUGCUGAAGAUUCAACCGAACCGGACGUGGUUAUUCCUGAACAACCUGAAGUUGAUGCUGAAUCUCAAACUCAACGAGAUGUUUUCAAGAAAGGAGUACUCUAUAAGGGAAUAUUUUGUCCGUCGUUGUCGAACAGCUUCCACAGCAAACAAUUGGAAACAUCGUACUUGCACUAUUCGAAUCGUCAACGGCAGAAGUCAUUGAUCAUGCUAAAUAUCGUUGAUCUUAGCUUAAAGAUUAUUCUUUUGGCGAUAUGGCUCUGGGAGAGGAACGAGAGAAGCAGCGGAUUAAUCGAGUCCUUGUCUUGGGCAUUCUGCUGCAUGGCCGCGAAUCUGAUGGUUUGCGUUCUCGGCUGGUGGCGGUGUUUCUCCAACAAUUAUUUGUACUGGGCUUCCAUAUUUACUUGGUUACUGAUCAACUCACAAGGUUUUAUAGGGGCCGGUCUAGAUUUCUCAAAUCAACAACGUCUCAUGUGGUACAUAUUGUUUGUCGUGUAUGCGCCGUACGCUAUGCUGCCGUUACCUUUAAGAUGGUGCGUCCUAGCUGGUUACGGGACAGCUUUAACUCACAUGGUGAUGGCUGGGAUAACUUUAUUACGAGAUCCUACCUAUCUGCGCGAUGUUACUUGUAUCGUUCGAAUGUUAACGACCAACGUACUUCUAUAUCUUGCAAUGAAUCUGGCUGGUAUGUACACUAAGUAUCUAACCGAUAGAGGGCAACGGCAGGCUUUCCUAGAAACGCAUAGAUCUAUGGAAACCCGGCAACGUACUCAAAAUGAGAAUAAUAGACAGGAGAAGUUGCUUCUUUCUGUUUUACCGGAUUUCGUGGCUAAGGAAAUGAUCCGUGAUAUCGCCCGUGAAACUGCUAGAGGUGGAACCAUCUCCUUUACCCCUAAUCAAUUUCACAGAAUAUACAUCCAUCGGUAUGAAAAUGUUAGCAUACUUUUCGCUGACAUCAAAGGCUUCACUGCUUUGGCCAGCCAGUGUAGCGCCCAGGAACUCGUUAGGGUGUUAAACGAUUUGUUCGCUCGUUUCGACAAACUCUCUGCUGAAAAUCAUUGUCUACGUAUCAAAUUAUUAGGGGAUUGUUACUACUGCGUUUCCGGAUUACCGACCGCCAGAAGCGAUCACGCUCACUGUUGCGUCGAAAUGGGUUUGCACAUGAUUAAAGCGAUCAGAGAUGUGCGAUUUACUACCAAGGUUGAUUUGAAUAUGAGAAUAGGGAUUCAUAGCGGUUCGGUAUUGUGCGGUGUAUUAGGACUUCGAAAAUGGCAAUUUGACGUUUGGUCCUACGACGUAACAUUGGCCAACCACCUCGAAAGUGGAGGCAUACCAGGGAGGGUGCAUAUUUCAGAAGAUACAUUGAACUGUUUGAACGAUGUGUACGAAGUGGAGCCAGGAAACGGAACUGAAAGGGAUAAUUACUUGAAAGAAAGGAACGUGGUGACGUAUCUGAUUAAACAAGUAGAACCUUUAAGAUCUAGACGAAGAUAUUCAGCUCGUCCUAAGAUAUGGUCCGAGGAUGAUGCGAACAAAGGUAAAAAGAGCUUCAAAAUGAACAACCCGUUGGCUGCGAACAGCAGUGCUCCAAAUUGUUCGACGGAAGACGACAUUGGCGUCGACUGGACACCGGAAAUACCGUUCGAAAAUCUGAAUACAGCGACAUCGGUCAGUAAUUUAGAAUCCGAGUACCUGGAGGAAGAGAACGGUUCAGCAAAGACUAAUAAAGCAAAUGCUGAGAAAGCUGCUGGCCUUGAAACAGCGAGCAAUAAACGUAUGAGAUUGGCGAACAUAAACGCUUGGACUUUGCGUUAUAAUGAUGAAAGCUUAGAAUUAAAGUUUGGCCAAUUACGUGAGGAUAUGUUUAAAUCCAACAUGAUUUGUUGUUUCGUCGUAUGGAUAUUUAUUGCAAUCUGCCAAGCUGUAAUAUUACCAGAUUGUGUCAUUCUGUUGGUCUCUCUGUUGCUGACCACGCUGAUUCUGAUAACAUCGUCCAUCCUGGUGAUGGCGGAGGAGUUCAAAAGCCUGCCAGCGUACUUACAGCACGCCUCCUCGAUGUUGGUGCACAACAAGCAACAUCGAACAAUCUUCAUAUGUAGCGUCAUCAGUUUAAUGGCAUUCACCUCGAUCGUCGGCGUUCUAGCUUGUCCAGCGUCAAUUCGAAGAUACCCGGAAGCUCUGGCCAUCAAACAACAGCUAAAUGCUCCAACCUUGCAGCCCGAACGAUUGGCAGCGACAACGGUUGGUCUCGACCAAUUUAUUUUAACGUUCUUGGAGGCGGCUCUUCGCGACGAAUCUCUCGAGGAACGAGAGAAGAUCUCUGCGAAGGAGAACGAAACUGUGCUCCAUACUUCUAAUAGAGUCCAAAUGGAAAUGACGAGGAUUAUCAAUGACAGGGCUGGUCUGGCGAAAGGUCAAAGAAGAAAAGAAUUCUUCAGGGGUGAAGACGUCGCCUUCAGGAGGAUAGAGUCCACCCCGGACGCGAGACCACGAGCAGAGCCCGUCUACGCGAUGGACUACGAUGAACUCGUGUUGGAGACAACUUGUGUGCAACCAGAGUACAUAGUAUUCACGUGGAUUUUAUGUCUGAUCGCGUUAGCCUCAGCUUUGAAGUUGUACUAUUUAGUGAAAACUGCACUGGCCACCAUUAUCGUGUCCGUUUAUGCGGUCCUGAUCCUGCUGGUCUGCAAAGACUUUUUCUCUAUACCUGACGAUGAAAAGGAUUCCCCAUCGAUACCUCUUUCGGCACAGAUGUUGACAUUUCUGUUGGUGUUUCUGGUGAUGGUCACGUAUCAUGGUAGACUGGUUGAAGUAACGUCCAGAUUGGAUUUUCUAUGGAAGCAACAAGCUGAAAGGGAGCUGAGCGAUAUGAUCGAAUCUCGGCAUAAUAAUAUGCAACUUUUGAAAAAUAUCUUACCCGAUCAUGUGGCUCACCAUUUUUUAACACAGGAGCGAGCGCCAGAGGAAUUGUAUUCCCAAUCGCGUGAUAAAGUUGGCGUGAUGUUUGCCAGUGUACCAAAUUUCACUGAAUUUUAUUCAGAGGACGUUAACAAAGGAAUGGAGUGUAUACGUUUAUUAAACGAAAUUAUUGCUGAUUUCGACGAACUCCUUGAUGAAAAUCGUUUUCACUGCAUCGAGAAGAUAAAAACUGUCGGUGCGACUUAUAUGGCAGCUUCCGGACUUAAUCCGUGUCAAAAUGAUACAAACAAAGACGAUAUGGAACAUCUUUGUAGAUUGGUCGAUUAUGCUGUGGCUAUGAGACUCCGUCUCGAGGAUGUGAACAUACAUUCGUUUAAUAAUUUUGAUUUAAGAGUAGGUAUUAGUUGUGGCCCAUUGGUAGGCGGUGUAAUCGGUGCCCGGAAGCCCGUCUUCGAUAUUUGGGGUAACACGGUGAACCUGGCUUCUCGCAUGGACUCCACAGGCGUUAUGGGAAAAAUACAAGUUCCACAAGACAUUGCUAGGUUCUUGGAGGCGAGAGGAUAUCAGACACAGAAGAGAGGGCUUAUCGAAGUGAAAGGAAAAGGUAACAUGGAAACUUAUUUCGUACUUGGCAAAGGAUCCAUGCAACAAGAAGGCACGAUUAAACACACCACAAGAUGUAGAAGCCUUGCAGCAGUCGUGUAUGGUGUCGUUCAAGCGCGUCGCAAACAAAUGCGAGCGCUUAGAAGGACAUAAGUACUCGUAUUUUAUUCAGAUCAGUUUAUUUUCUUCGCAAAUUUUUCACAGGAUAUAAGCUGACCACCUGAAAAGUAUUAAUUACGUUUCAAUUAAUUCGAGCUCAUUUAUGUUUGUUUUUAUUGAUUUAAUUUUCUUACUUUUAUACUUGUUACGUCAUGUUGUGUUUUUAUUUAUUUUCUCGAAUUUUCUCGAUAGUCUCAAUUCAAUAUACUCGAUAUUUAAUCCCUGUAAAUAUUAGUUUUAUAUAUGAAACAACUAUCAAUAUAAAUUUGACGAGCUGUAAAUCUAAAACAAUGUACAAUAAGGUAACAAAAGGAUUCAAUUAAAUCCUAGAUGAAUAAAUAAACAAUCAGAAAAAAGAAGGUAGUAAUUUGAGGGAAUCAAUGAAAAUGUAUUAUCUUUGUUGCACAAAUAAGAUUGUUUCAACUUUCUAGUUCUGUACAUCGUUAUAGGAAUAAAUUAUGGAGCAGCGAAAUACAAUUUUGGGAAAAGUCAAUUUAAUAAUAAUUGCAGGGCAAUCAGCGUUCAUGUUGAUAAUAAUCAUAAUGUACAGCACAGUUGAGCUCUGUGUAACUGUAUAUUACAUUGUAUGGUAAACACAAAUAUAUUUUAAUUAACCGUAAUAAUAAUCCAUGAUAAUAAUAGUUGCAAUAAUGAUAAUAAUAAGGCUAGCUACAGCAUGAUCUCUCGGUUAAAGAGAUCAUCCGAUUCAACUGUACACUUUUACAACGUACCUCGUAAUAAUAAUCUAAUUACAUAUAAUAUAAUUAGGUAAUCAUUACAAUCUGAACCUAAUUAGAAUGUUGCGACACGUAAGGAGGGACCGCGAGCCUUGUUCUUUCGAGAAAUUAAUAUGGCGAUAGAAAAAUGAAAGAAAAAUCGCAUCUGUUUUCAAACAGAAAUGCUACAUUAUUCUACAUUAUACAAGUACUACAAUAAUGCACAUUGAUUUCUCGAAAGUGAAGGUAAUCUCUUUUAAAAGAUCUUUUUCUUUGUUUUAUUACAUUCUUUUUUCCUUUCUUCUCUUUUUUAAGGUAUAAAGGCACUGUACACGUAAACAUACAAUAUUAUAGAAAAGCGCUAUAGGCGGUCCAGAUGUUAUACCUUUUAAAUAGUAAAACGUGCCCGUUUAAAAAUAUCAACGUGAUCCUCUUUUCUUUCCUUUUCUUUCUUUUUUUCUUAUUAUUAUUACGAUGCUACACGCUUAAAAUAGGGAGCGGUUUCCUUCGAUUCUAGCUGCAUUGGUCAACGCUAUAUCUUCUUCUUCGACGCUAUAUAAUCUUAACCUUUAAGGAAAAAUAUAGAUGACUAUCAUAUAUUAUAUAUCAGAAUGUGCAGAACUCACGGUAACUAUUUAGGAGGAAAUAAUUGGUCAAUGCGAUCAGAAGUUAAGAAAACGCUCCGGUUAAAGGUGGGAUCUGUUUAUCACAAUUUGGCAGUGAACGUUCUCACGUUUAAAAUACACACAGUUUUACAAGUUUUAAGCUACACAAAUCUUCUUCUUCUUUUUCCUCUUCCACUUAUGUUUCUUUUCUUUGCUACAACUUGCUACGGUUCACGAUACAUUUACAGACAAAUUCGAAAAUAUGAUUUUUCUUCUUCGCUACAGUCAGUUGUUCAGAAAAAAUAAAUCUUUGUCUUCUUCUUUUUUUCUUUUCUUUUCUUUUUUUUUAAAUGUCUGUCAGCUUCGUACACUUGGUAAAUAUACAACUUAAACUCUUCGUACAUCAUUUUUAGUGAAAAUAUGUUCUUACGUGUGCUUUUUUUCUUUUUCUAAUUAUUAUUUGCGAAGCUCAAGAGGUGUUUUAAGAAGAAGGGUCUAGGGGUACUCAAUCUCUUCUGUGAUAAUUCUCUAGUGUUCCUGUGCAAUGCUAAAUCGUAUAACUUUUCCAAAUUAAUCAGUUGCUCUCCGUAUGAAAAUACAAAGAUCUGUAUGUGCAAGAUAAACGCUUGAGUGAUUGUUUACAGGAUUCAUAUAUUACACAAUAAUUUGCUCCUGUUAUUUCUACUCUUGCUUUAAGAAAGAAAUCAAAUAUCAACAGUUACUUACAUUUCUUUAAACGAUAAGUUAAUACAUCAAUCGGAUUGAGUUCCCUCUAGUCAAGUUCUCUCUGGUAUUCCUUUAAUUAAACUAACAUUCGCAAUUCGUCAUUAAUUACAGAGAUAAUUAUACGCAAUUUAAACAUUGAUUUAAUGAAAAAAAAAAAAAAAAAGAAAAAGGAAAGCUGUAAAAUGUUAAACUAGACACAUCGACUAGCAAAUGUACACUUUUCAAAUACCAAAUUUAUAGCAAUUUAACAAGGAAAUGGUAUUUGAAAGUUUACAUUACCCAGUCUACUAUACGAAAUAGUAUAUUUUAACAUACCUAAUGAUCCUUUGUGCCUUUACUUUUUCUCUAACUUGUAAACAAAAUGUUUUGUUUGCCGGUUAUUCAAAGAAUCUAGUAUGUUACCGUAAAAAAUUUCAUUGUAUUCUCAGAUAAAUACCAAUUAUUUAUGCUUCUUUAUUUUCAGUAUCAUGUUUCAUGACAAAAUUUAUUAACAAUAAUACUGCUAAUUGGUUAAAGCUAUAGAAUAAGGUUUCCAGUUAAUUCUUCUAAUUGCAACAUACUUGCAUGAAAUAUGCUAAAAUGAGAAUUUCAAAAGAUUCAUCGUUAAGACAUUAGACUCGAAGAACUUGAAACAUUCCAGAUAAUUAAAAUAAUCGCAAACGAAUUUGAGUAGCUAAUGCUGUGAUCAAUUCUACUCUAAUGAAAAUUUUAUUAAACGAUUAAAUUUCAAUACGUACUGUCAAUCAAAAUUUAACGUAUAGUACGUAUCUAAUUGUAAUUUCUGUGUCAUGUACAUGAUUCCCAAUUCUUAGAUCGUUACAAGACAUCACCUACCACAAAAAUAGCAAUUGAACAUUUGUCUUUUUAAAAACAAAGUUACACAGCUUUGUUUCUAGUCCUUUACAAAACACGUAACGUUUGAAUUCAAAUCAACUUUGUAUUUAAAAACAAAAAUGUAAUCUCUAAGCAGUUACGGUUUUGUAUGCACAGAAUUGCAUAUGAUCAAGGAAAUCAAUUUCUCUAACUCUGAGUUUGACUAAAUUCAGACGAACCGUAGGUCGCAGCAAAAUAUACCUGCUAGCAGGACACGAAGGACCACUUCUAAUUUCUUCAAAUAUCAACUACAUCGAAACCGUUGAGCCGUAUGUUUCGAUUUCAUUUCACGUUUACCUAAUCUUAUUACUUUACAUUAAAUAUAUAUUUAUACACAAUUUAUUAAUCCAAGUUGUCAAGUCAGUUCGAAAUAUUGGCAGAGCUCACCGUGAAAUUCGGCUGCCAAUAUUACAUGCAUUUGAGAUCAUUUGAGUGCAUGGAUUAAAAUACUCCUUUAGCUCCUGAACCGAAUUAUGGUCGUCUAAUGACCAUAGAUGUCGAGCUACGUAUGUUCAGAAACUAGCAUUAUACACGGCCACUGUGGUAUAUUAUGUAUAAAUAUAUAUAUAUUUAUACAUAUAUAUAUUAUAUAUUGCAAUUGAACGACGCGAAUAUUAGUCGCGUGUACAAAAGAAAUACGGCUGUUGUUUAUCGUUAAUUAACUCGGUGGAACCUAGCAUUUUUCUAGAAUUUUUCAAAAAUACAUCGUUUCCCGAUGAUUUUAUUAUGACUCGUACUAUCUACCGCUUCUUUCAUUUUCUCUCUCUCUCUCUCUCUCUCUCUUUCUCUCUUUCUCUCCCUCUCUCGCACGCAUUUGUGAAAAUACAUUUCUUUUUAUUCUGUUUUGUUUUCGUUUCGGCGGAACAAGAAUUGCAAUUAUUUAUACACUUGUGGUAGGUUAGGUAUUCUGGCACGUACAUUUGGCGUUGCUAAACACCAAUGUGAAUUGACGAGACUGAAUUGAAGGUACGUUUUCUUUUUUUCAUUAACUUUAAAAUAUGAUUACUCGCUGUUAGACAUUAUACAUCAGCGUUUCCCAAUUUUUUUUUCUUUCAAAUAAUCUUGAUGUCAUUUUAUGUACCGCCUAUAGGUUCUUUAAGAUUCUCCAAAUGCUCUACAAUCGCAAUUAAAUUAAGUAGUAUAUUAAAGAAAAAAUUAAUCUACGCUUCUUUUUUCUCUCUUCACAAGGUAAAUUAUAUAAAUCAACGAGAUACUUA